CGGGACCCCAGAGAGUGAAUCGGCCGCCGUCCACUUGCUGAUAGCCGUGCCAUCUCCGGUGGUUGCCGAUUUCCGCGCCGGCGGAGAAACACUCGGGACACAGCUCGAUGUCCGGGCAGUCGGUGCAGCGGAGCCGCAGAUUAUUCACUGAAAAUGGAGGAGCGGUCACUUGAGGAAACGGGUCCUGAUGUGGGAUCUGAAGAGAAGACGAGCAUCUCCGAGGCAGUAGACGCCCUCGAAACCGACGAACCGAUUAAAGCUGACGACGAAGCGGAAGUUGAAGAGACAAAGCAAGCAACAGACGAAGAGGACGAACCGGAAAACGUGUUAGAAGAUUCCGGGGUGGAGGAUCUACCAGGGAGCGGCGAUGUCGAGGAAGGUGAUGCCAAAGACGAGGGAGAGAUUUUUCCAAGCAAGGAGGAAGAAGAAGAAGAAGAAAAAGAAGAGGAGCCUGAAAUCCACUUGGAAGAAGAUCACAGGGAGUGUACAGACAAUAUUCUCCUCGACCCAAAAGUGGACUCUGAGGAAGACCAGCAGCUUCUUCGAGAACUCCAAACAGAACACGAAAAGCUGAGUCAUGUCAAUAACCAGCUCCAAAAAAAACUUGCUGAAUACUUCUGGCUUAAAUCAGACGGUGAACCGCAGGCCGUGCAAGCGAUCUCCCCGAAGCAGGAGUGCUCCGAAAAAUACCCUGACAUCCUAGAGGAUGUGAAGAGGCAGAAGCAGGACAAGCUGCGUGAUCUCCGUCGGCAGAGUGAAGAGAUACUAGAGCAGAUCGAGCGCGAGUCGAGAAUGCUAGCAACGAUCAAGCGCGAGGCCAUCGUUACGAAUCUGGAGCAGGUGAUGGGCAAGGUGGAGGCCCAGGCUGCGGUCGAGAAUCUGCUGGCGGCUGCACAGAAAUGCGAGGACGAGCUUGUCUCUGUCAGGAACGAAAACAUCAGGCUGAAGCUGAAGUUAGAGGCAGGGCUCCAUGUCAGGGAAAAGGGUCGAGAUGAAGAGAUGCAUCGCAUUGACUUUGUGCAGCUAAACAUUGAGAACCAGGCUUGCAAUGCAAGAGUCCAGGAGUGCAAGGAGGAUCUGCUGAAGCUCAAGAAGAUGCUUCCUCACACGGGGCAGAUUCUGAUGCACGUGAAAGAGAAAUUGAGGUUCCUGGAAGUAGAGAACGAAGCGAAGCAGGUGCGCUUCGACGAGCUGGAUGCCUCGGUGCUGCGUGAGCAGGAAGCUCUGAUUCAGACAAUGAAGGCCCGGGAUAUCCUUCGCUUCGACAACCAGCGUAAACGUCAGGAGUCUGGCCUGCUGGCAAACCCCACACUGCUGCGGGAGCUCGAAAACAUCGAGGACGAGCGCGAAGCACUCGAAAGACGAGUGGAGAUGCUAAAGAGAAACUGAAUAGAGGCCCAGAAGAGCAUACAGACUCAUAGGGGCCCUCGAGUGGACGUAACAUGCAUGCAGAUACAACAACAUGCAUGAGGCCCAUGUUUUUUUUGGCGAACAAAUUUAUAUUUGUAUGUUCAGUAAGUUAAAACCAAAGCAAAAACAAUGGGGCACUAUAACAUUACUGUGUUUUUACCUGUGUAAAAAGUUAAAUGAGUAAAAAGGGAAAUGUGAAGAAUUGCUGAAAUAAAACAUGAAAACACC